CUGUGUGUGCGCGCUGCUCCGUGGACGCAGCGGCUGCGGCCGGGUGGCGAGCCGGCGGCGCGGGUGAGCCAGCGCGGGAGGCCUGCGCGAGCCGCACCGUGAGCCGCAGCGCCGGCGCCGCGCGGGACUGAUGCGGGCCCCGAGGGCAUGAAGUAUGGAUGUGAAGGAGCGCCGGCCCUACUGCUCGCUGACCAAGAGCAGGCGGGAGAAGGAGCGGCGGCACACCAACUCCUCGGCGGACAACGAGGAGUGCCGGGUGCCCACGCAGAAGUCCUACAGCUCCAGCGAGACCCUGAAAGCCUUCGACCACGAUUCCUCCCGGCUGCUCUACGGAAACAGAGUCAAGGACCUGGUGCACCGGGAAGCGGAUGAGUACAGCCGGCAAGGACAGAAUUUUACCCUAAGGCAGUUAGGAGUGUGCGAACCAGCCACUCGAAGAGGCCUGGCGUUUUGUGCGGAGAUGGGGCUGCCCCCCAGAGGGUACUCUCUCAGUGCAGGGUCGGACGCGGACACGGAAAACGAGGCGGUGAUGUCGCCAGAGCACGCCAUGAGACUCUGGGGCCGGGGCGUCAAGUCCGGCCGCAGCUCCUGCUUGUCCAGCCGCUCCAACUCGGCCCUCACGCUGACGGACACGGAGCACGAGAACAAGUCGGACAGCGACAACGAGCAACCUGCAAACAACCAAGGCCAGUCCACCCUGCAGCCAUUGCCACCUCCCCAUAAGCAGCAUCCCGCUCAGCAUCACCCAUCCAUCACCUCUCUCAAUAGAAACUCCCUGACGAAUAGAAGGAACCAGAGUCCGGCCCCGCCGGCUGCUUUGCCCGCCGAGCUGCAAACCACACCCGAGUCCGUCCAGCUGCAGGACAGCUGGGUCCUUGGCAGUAAUGUACCACUGGAAAGCAGGCAUUUCCUAUUCAAAACAGGGACAGGGACCACGCCACUGUUCAGCACCGCGACCCCAGGAUACACAAUGGCUUCUGGCUCUGUUUAUUCACCGCCUACUCGGCCGCUACCUAGAAACACCCUAUCAAGAAGCGCUUUCAAAUUCAAGAAGUCCUCCAAGUACUGCAGCUGGAAGUGCACGGCCCUGUGCGCCGUGGGGGUCUCCGUGCUCCUGGCUGUGCUCCUGUCCUACUUCAUAGCAAUGCAUCUAUUUGGCCUCAACUGGCAGUUACAGCAGACUGAAAAUGACACUUUUGAAAAUGGAAAAGUGAAUUCUGAUACCAUGCCAACAAACACUGUGUCAUUACCUUCUGGCGACAAUGGAAAAUUAAGUGGAUUUACACAAGAAAAUAACACCAUAGAUUCUGGAGAACUUGAUAUUGGCCGAAGAGCAAUUCAAGAGGUUCCUCCCGGGGUCUUCUGGAGAUCACAACUCUUUAUUGAUCAGCCACAGUUUCUUAAGUUCAAUAUCUCUCUUCAGAAGGAUGCGUUGAUUGGAGUGUAUGGCCGCAAAGGCUUACCACCUUCUCAUACUCAGUACGACUUUGUCGAGCUCCUGGAUGGCAGCAGGUUGAUCGCCAGAGAGCAGCGGAACCUCCUGGAGCCGGAAAGGGCCGGGCGGCAGGCGCGGUCCGUCAGCCUCCAUGAGGCCGGCUUCAUCCAGUACUUGGAUUCCGGGAUCUGGCAUCUGGCCUUUUACAAUGAUGGGAAAAACGCGGAGCAGGUGUCUUUUAAUACCAUCGUCAUAGAGUCCGUGGUGGAGUGCCCCCGGAAUUGCCAUGGAAAUGGAGAGUGUGUUUCUGGAACUUGCCAUUGUUUUCCGGGGUUCCUGGGUCCGGAUUGUUCAAGAGCAGCCUGUCCAGUCUUGUGCAGCGGCAACGGGCAGUACUCGAAGGGCCGCUGCCUGUGUUUCAGCGGCUGGAAGGGCACCGAGUGCGACGUGCCGACCACGCAGUGCAUCGACCCGCAGUGCGGGGGCCGGGGGAUUUGCAUCAUGGGCUCUUGUGCUUGCAACUCAGGGUACAAAGGAGAGAACUGUGAAGAAGCUGACUGCCUGGACCCUGGCUGUUCUAGUCACGGUGUAUGUAUCCACGGGGAAUGUCACUGCAAUCCAGGAUGGGGCGGCAACAACUGUGAGAUCCUGAAGACCAUGUGUCCAGACCAGUGCUCCGGUCAUGGGACAUACCUUCAAGAAAGCGGCUCCUGCACUUGCGACCCUAAUUGGACUGGGCCAGACUGCUCAAAUGAAAUCUGCUCCGUGGACUGCGGCUCCCACGGCGUGUGCAUGGGGGGCACGUGUCGCUGCGAGGAAGGCUGGACGGGCCCGGCCUGCAGCCAGAGAGCCUGCCACCCGCGCUGCGCAGAGCACGGGACCUGCAAGGACGGCAAGUGCGAAUGCAGCCAGGGCUGGAACGGAGAGCACUGCACCAUCGAGGGCUGUCCGGGUCUGUGCAACAGCAACGGCAGGUGUACCCUGGACCAGAACGGCUGGCACUGCGUCUGCCAGCCAGGGUGGAGAGGCGCAGGCUGCGACGUGGCUAUGGAGACCCUCUGCACGGACAGCAAGGACAACGAAGGAGAUGGACUCGUCGACUGCAUGGACCCUGAUUGCUGUUUACAGAGUUCCUGCCAAAACCAGCCCUACUGCCGUGGGCUGCCUGAUCCGCAGGACAUCAUUAGCCAAAGCUUACAAUCACCGUCUCAACAGGCUGCCAAGUCCUUCUAUGACCGAAUCAGUUUUCUUAUAGGAUCUGAUAGCACCCACGUUAUACCUGGAGAGAGUCCUUUCAAUAAGAGCCUCGCGUCCGUCAUCAGAGGCCAAGUCCUCACCGCUGAUGGAACUCCACUGAUUGGAGUAAAUGUCUCGUUCUUCCAUUACCCAGAAUACGGAUAUACCAUUACCCGACAGGAUGGCAUGUUUGACUUGGUGGCAAAUGGCGGGGCUUCGCUAACCCUGGUAUUUGAACGGUCCCCAUUCCUCACUCAGUACCACACUGUGUGGAUUCCCUGGAAUGUCUUUUAUGUGAUGGAUACGCUAGUCAUGAAGAAAGAAGAGAAUGACAUUCCCAGCUGUGAUCUGAGUGGGUUCGUGAGGCCAAAUCCCAUCAUUGUGUCAUCGCCUUUAUCCACCUUCUUCAGAUCUUCCCCGGAAGACAGUCCCAUCAUUCCUGAAACACAGGUGCUCCAUGAAGAAACCACAAUUCCAGGAACAGACCUGAAACUGUCCUACUUGAGUUCCAGGGCUGCCGGGUAUAAGUCCGUCCUCAAGAUCACCAUGACCCAGGCCGUUAUUCCAUUUAAUCUGAUGAAGGUUCAUCUGAUGGUAGCUGUAGUGGGAAGACUCUUUCAAAAGUGGUUUCCUGCCUCCCCGAACUUGGCCUAUACUUUCAUAUGGGAUAAAACAGAUGCAUAUAAUCAGAAGGUCUAUGGUCUCUCUGAAGCUGUUGUGUCCGUGGGGUACGAAUACGAGUCCUGCUUGGACCUGACUCUGUGGGAGAAGAGGACCGCCAUUCUGCAAGGCUAUGAAUUAGAUGCUUCCAACAUGGGAGGCUGGACGUUAGACAAGCAUCACGUGCUGGAUGUUCAGAACGGUAUACUGUACAAGGGGAACGGGGAAAACCAGUUUAUCUCCCAGCAGCCCCCGGUGGUGAGCAGCAUCAUGGGCAAUGGACGACGGCGCAGCAUCUCGUGCCCAAGUUGCAACGGUCAAGCGGAUGGUAAUAAACUAUUGGCCCCAGUGGCGUUAGCUUGUGGGAUCGAUGGCAGUCUGUAUGUGGGGGAUUUCAACUAUGUUCGCCGGAUAUUCCCUUCCGGAAACGUAACAAGUGUUUUAGAACUAAGCAGCAACCCAGCUCACAGAUACUACCUUGCCACCGAUCCCGUCACAGGAGAUUUGUAUGUCUCGGACACCAACACCCGCAGAAUCUACCGCCCAAAGUCACUGACGGGGGCCAAGGACUUGACAAAAAAUGCCGAAGUCGUGGCGGGCACCGGGGAGCAGUGCCUUCCAUUCGACGAAGCCAGAUGCGGGGACGGGGGCAAGGCCGUGGAAGCGACACUCAUGAGUCCCAAAGGAAUGGCGAUUGAUAAGAAUGGAUUAAUCUACUUUGUGGAUGGAACCAUGAUCAGAAAAGUUGAUCAAAAUGGAAUCAUUUCGACUCUCCUGGGCUCUAAUGACCUGACGUCAGCCAGGCCUUUGACCUGUGACACAAGCAUGCACAUCAGCCAGGUGCGCCUCGAGUGGCCCACUGACCUGGCCAUUAACCCGAUGGACAACUCCAUCUACGUGCUGGAUAACAACGUCGUGUUACAGAUCACUGAGAACCGGCAGGUGCGCAUCGCCGCCGGGCGGCCCAUGCACUGUCAGGUGCCGGGGGUGGAGUACUCUGUGGGGAAGCAUGCGGUGCAGACGACGCUGGAAUCGGCCACCGCCAUCGCUGUGUCCUACAGCGGGGUCCUGUACAUCACGGAAACUGAUGAGAAGAAAAUUAACCGCAUCAGGCAGGUCACGACGGACGGGGAGAUCUCCUUGGUGGCUGGCAUACCUUCGGAGUGUGACUGCAAAAACGAUGCCAACUGUGACUGUUAUCAGAGCGGCGAUGGCUACGCCAAAGAUGCCAAGCUUAGCGCCCCGUCGUCCCUGGCGGCGUCUCCCGACGGCACCCUGUAUAUCGCAGAUCUGGGAAACAUUCGCAUUCGGGCUGUGUCAAAGAAUAAGCCUUUACUUAACUCUAUGAACUUUUAUGAAGUUGCCUCUCCCACUGACCAAGAACUCUACAUCUUUGACAUCAACGGCACCCACCAGUACACUGUGAGUCUGGUCACUGGCGAUUACCUGUACAACUUCAGCUACAGCAACGAUAAUGACAUCACCGCGGUGACCGACAGCAAUGGCAAUACCCUUAGGAUUAGGCGGGACCCGAAUCGGAUGCCAGUCCGAGUGGUGUCGCCAGAUAACCAAGUGAUAUGGCUGACCAUCGGAACAAACGGAUGUUUGAAAAGCAUGACCGCUCAAGGGCUGGAGCUGGUCUUGUUCACUUACCACGGCAACAGUGGCCUCCUAGCCACCAAGAGUGAUGAGACCGGGUGGACAACGUUUUUUGACUACGACAGCGAAGGUCGUCUGACAAAUGUCACAUUUCCAACUGGAGUGGUCACAAACCUUCAUGGCGACAUGGAUAAGGCCAUCACAGUGGACCUGGAGUCAUCCAGCCGAGAAGAAGAUGUCAGCAUCACUUCCAACUUGUCCUCGAUUGAUUCUUUCUACACCAUGGUUCAAGAUCAGCUGAGAAACAGCUACCAGAUCGGCUACGACGGCUCCCUGCGGAUCAUCUACGCCAGCGGCCUCGACUCCCACUACCAGACAGAGCCCCACGUGCUGGCGGGCACGGCCAACCCGACCGUCGCCAAAAGGAACAUGACGCUUCCUGGUGAGAACGGUCAAAAUCUGGUGGAAUGGAGAUUCCGGAAAGAGCAAGCCCAAGGAAAAGUCAACGUCUUUGGUCGAAAGCUCAGGGUUAAUGGCAGAAACCUCCUUUCCGUUGACUUUGAUCGAACUACAAAGACAGAAAAGAUCUACGAUGACCACCGUAAAUUUCUGCUGAGGAUCGCCUACGACACGUCAGGGCACCCGACUCUCUGGCUGCCGAGCAGCAAGCUGAUGGCCGUCAACGUCACCUACUCAUCCACGGGUCAAAUCGCCAGCAUCCAGCGAGGGACGACCAGCGAGAAAGUAGACUACGACGGCCAGGGGAGGAUUGUGUCGAGGGUCUUUGCUGACGGUAAAACGUGGAGUUACACGUACUUAGAAAAGUCCAUGGUUCUUCUGCUUCACAGCCAGAGGCAGUACAUCUUCGAAUACGACAUGUGGGACCGGCUGUCGGCCAUCACCAUGCCCAGCGUGGCCCGCCACACCAUGCAGACCAUCCGAUCCAUCGGCUACUACCGCAACAUAUACAACCCCCCGGAAAGCAACGCCUCCGUCAUCACCGACUACAAUGAGGAGGGGCUGCUUCUGCAAACGGCUUUCCUGGGCACAAGUCGGAGGGUCUUGUUCAAGUACAGAAGGCAGACCAGGCUCUCGGAGAUUUUAUACGACAGCACCAGAGUCAGCUUUACCUAUGAUGAAACAGCAGGCGUCCUGAAAACAGUCAACCUCCAGAGCGAUGGCUUUAUUUGCACCAUUAGGUACAGGCAGAUUGGCCCCCUGAUUGACAGACAGAUUUUCCGCUUCAGUGAAGAUGGGAUGGUAAAUGCGAGAUUUGACUACAGCUAUGACAACAGCUUUCGAGUGACCAGCAUGCAGGGUGUCAUCAAUGAAACACCACUGCCCAUCGAUCUCUAUCAGUUUGAUGACAUUUCUGGCAAAGUCGAGCAGUUUGGAAAAUUUGGAGUCAUCUAUUAUGAUAUUAACCAGAUCAUUUCCACAGCGGUCAUGACCUACACGAAGCACUUCGACGCUCACGGCCGCAUCAAGGAAAUUCAGUACGAGAUCUUCCGGUCACUCAUGUACUGGAUUACAAUUCAAUACGACAACAUGGGUCGGGUGACCAAGAGAGAGAUUAAAAUAGGGCCCUUUGCCAACACUACCAAAUACGCCUAUGAAUAUGACGUGGAUGGCCAGCUCCAAACAGUUUAUCUAAAUGAAAAGAUCAUGUGGCGUUACAACUAUGAUCUGAAUGGGAACCUCCAUUUACUGAACCCGAGUAACAGUGCACGUCUGACCCCGCUUCGCUACGACCUGCGAGACAGAAUCACUCGGCUGGGUGAUGUUCAGUAUCGGCUGGACGAGGAUGGUUUCCUGCGUCAAAGAGGCACAGAGAUCUUUGAGUAUAGCUCCAAGGGGCUUCUCACUCGAGUUUACAGCAAAGGCAGUGGCUGGACGGUGAUCUAUCGUUACGACGGCCUGGGAAGGCGCGUUUCCAGCAAGACCAGCCUGGGCCAGCACCUGCAGUUUUUUUAUGCGGACUUGACUUACCCCACUAGGAUUACUCAUGUCUACAACCACUCGAGUUCAGAAAUUACCUCCCUCUAUUAUGAUCUCCAGGGACACCUUUUUGCCAUGGAAAUCAGCAGCGGGGAUGAAUUCUACAUCGCGUCAGACAACACAGGAACACCUCUGGCUGUCUUCAGCAGCAAUGGGCUUAUGCUAAAACAGAUCCAGUACACCGCGUAUGGCGAAAUCUAUUUUGACUCCAAUAUUGACUUCCAGCUGGUAAUCGGAUUUCAUGGUGGCCUCUAUGACCCACUCACAAAAUUAAUCCACUUUGGAGAGAGAGAUUAUGACAUUUUGGCGGGACGGUGGACAACACCUGACAUAGAAAUCUGGAGGAGAAUUGGGAAGGACCCAGCUCCUUUUAACCUGUAUAUGUUCAGGAAUAACAACCCUGCAAGCAAAAUCCAUGAUGUGAAGGACUACAUCACAGAUGUUAACAGCUGGCUGGUGACAUUUGGCUUCCAUCUGCACAAUGCUAUUCCUGGAUUCCCGGUUCCCAAAUUCGAUCUAACAGAACCUUCUUACGAACUUGUGAAGAGUCAGCAGUGGGAUGAUAUACCGCCCAUUUUUGGAGUUCAGCAACAAGUGGCGAGGCAGGCCAAGGCCUUCCUGUCCCUGGGGAAGAUGGCAGAGGUCCAGGUGAGCCGGCGCAAGGGCGGCGGCGCGCAGUCGUGGCUGUGGUUCGCCACGGUCAAGUCACUGAUCGGCAAGGGCGUCAUGCUGGCCGUCAGCCAGGGCCACGUGCAGACCAACGUGCUCAACAUCGCCAACGAGGACUGCAUCAAGGUGGCGGCCGUGCUCAACAACGCCUUCUACCUGGAGAACCUGCACUUCACCAUCGAGGGCAAGGACACGCACUACUUCAUCAAGACCAGCACGCCCGAGAGCGACCUGGGCACGCUGCGGCUGACCAGCGGCCGCAAGGCCCUGGAGAACGGCAUCAACGUGACCGUGUCGCAGUCCACGACCGUGGUCAACGGCAGGACGCGCAGGUUCGCCGACGUGGAGAUGCAGUUCGGCGCGCUGGCGCUGCACGUGCGCUACGGCAUGACGCUGGACGAGGAGAAGGCGCGCAUCCUAGAGCAGGCGCGGCAGCGCGCGCUCGCCCGCGCCUGGGCGCGCGAGCAGCAGCGCGUGCGCGACGGCGAGGAGGGCGCGCGCCUCUGGACUGAGGGCGAGAAGCGGCAGCUGCUGAGCGCGGGCAAGGUGCAGGGCUACGAUGGCUACUACGUGCUGUCGGUGGAGCAGUACCCCGAGCUGGCCGACAGCGCCAACAACAUCCAGUUCCUGCGGCAGAGCGAGAUCGGCAAGAGGUAACCCCGCCCCCGCGGGGACAGGGACGGAGGGCUCCGCGGGGGCCCCGCGAGCCGAACCCACCCCCUUUGCUCAGAUUUGUCUGUAGCACAAUCCGUCUGGGACUCUCCGACGCUGAAGAGCCUUCUGCGAGAAUGAUACCGCUAUUUUAGAAAGAAAAUCCACGAAAAAAACAAAAACAAAAACUGAACUCCUUUUCUGAAUGACCUUAAAGGUGAUCGGCUUUAAAGAAUAUGUUUACAUAUGCAUAUCGCUGCACUCAGUUGGACUGAAGGUACUAAUAAAAGGAACAAGUAAUAAUAAAAAGAAAGGAAAAAAAGGGCCUAAUCAUUUUACCCCGGGCCAUCCGUUCCUUUGAG